AUGGCAGUCAAUUGUAACAUGGAUAGUGAACCGAAGUUAAAUAUUUUCAAUUUGAAUGACUUUCCAGCAAUGCCUGGUAAGGAUUCUGGUAAGGGUGAUGUUCCUGACGGAAAUGGAACUUCUGAUAUUCAGCAUGCGAAAAAUAAUGAAGGAAAUGCGGAGCCACCAUCUGAUGAAAAUAAUACUGGCAAUGACAAAGCGAAAUCUAGCAUCCUUGAUAAAGACCAGAUGGGUAAAGAUACUGACAGUGACAGUGAUAUCUUUGCAAUAAAAAGUGCACCCGAAGGUGCUUCUCAAGUAAUGGAAAUAACUGAUGAUGAAGGACCUCGCUCACAAGACGAACCUCGUGUUCCUUACACUAUUGGAAGUCUCUCUCCCGUUGAUGAUGAUAAAAAUGAAGAACUGGACAGUCUUGAAGAAAUUGUUGUAGCGGCUUCAGUGUAUAGGAAUGAUAAAUCUGUGGAUGAUAUGCCAGAAGAAUGUGAUAUGGAUUCAGAGGUAAAUAAAGAAAGUGAUAUUGAAGAUGAUUUGGAAAAUGAUGAUAAAGGUUCAAACAUGAUGUCAGAAAGUCAGUGGAAUUUAGACCUAGAAACUAUACAGUAUGGAGGUCCUCCUCGAUCACUGGACGUUCACGACAGGGUUGAUGCAACCACCAACUCGUCCUCAGAUUCUCUCCGCUGCUCUGCUGCCAAGACUCUACCUGCCGCUGAACCUGACCUGGUUGUUUCUGCCUCGAGAACCUGA